GUAUAUCAGGAAGACCUAAAGAAGUGGGAAGAGGCCAAGGCAAAAGACGAUAUAAGCCUUCUAUCCAGAAAGAAGCAAGUAGCAAUUCAGACCUAAAUCCAGAAAUGUUUAUGGCUUUCACCAUAAGCUCUGUGACUCAAUUGACCAAGGACACCUACCAGUACACUUUUAAAUUGCCUGGAAACAGCAGCUUGGGGUUGAGAUUGGGACAACAUAUUGUGCUAAGAGGAGUAGUGAACGGUCUGGAGGUUCAGAGAGCUUAUACUCCAAUUACGCCUGUGAAUGCUGAAGGGUUCUUUGAAGUUUUAAUAAAGUGCUAUAAAACUGGACUAAUGUCCCAAUACAUAAAAUCAUGGAAAACGGAAGACACCAUUUUUUGGAGAGGACCAUUUGGAGGUUUUCCCUAUACAGCCAAUCAGUAUGGAGAACUCCUCAUGCUCACUUCUGGGACAGGCAUAGCACCAAUGCUUCCUAUUAUCCAGUACAUAACUGAAAAUGAAGAUGAUGAAACUUUUGUAACUCUGGUAGGCUGCUUCAGAACUUUUGAAAAUAUUUACAUGAAAGCUCUUCUUCAAGAACAGUCUCGAUUCUGGAACAUCAGGACAUUUUAUGUAUUAAGCCAGGAACAAUCACUUAAAAAUCUGCCAUGGAGCUUUCAAGACACAACACACCUUGGUCGAAUAAAUGAAAACCUGAUUAAGAGUAUGGUGAACUCAUGUAGAAGGCAACCAUUUGUACUAGUAUGUGGCUCAGUGACAUUUAAUGAAGAUAUGGAGAAGUGCUUGAAAGCAAUUGGUUUUGAAAAAGAGUCAUAUUUUAUAUUUUAAAUGACUUCAAAUGAAGUGGGCAUCUUGGCUACAAAUAUUAUUAGUGGGCAGGUUUGCUGAACUAUUUUUAAAAGUUUAUAUGAUGUAUAUAAAUAAUUUUAUGAAAGAUUCCAUAAAUUAACAUUAUUUCAGAGCUAAUUAUAUUACUAUAAUUCCGUUUGUUGCGAGUUUUUCCUCUGCCUUUUAUGAAGAUAUUGAGAUCUGGUAUGGUGCAAUGUAUACAGUACAGGAACAAAGAUCAAAGUCACCAUUUUGAUUUUCCAGCUAUUGAUCUGAGUUACCUGAAACUCUUUCUCCAUGCCAAGCUGAACCACAUGCACGAAUUACACUAUAAAAAUAUAUCUCUUGCUUUGUUGUACUGUGGAUGAUAUCUGAGGAGAACAUUCUGCUGUGUAGCUCUAUAUUUUCAGAGUUGCUUUAUCAGCAUUUCUGAAAAAUGAUUUUUAAAAAUUGAAGGACACAUUGUGAAUCGUGCUCUAGUACACUCUAAAUCCCCCGGAUUGACACUUCUUUAAGAAUCACAAUAACUAGAAACAGUGGAUUCCAGUAUUAUUUUAUUCCUAUUAAUUUAAAUAUAUAGUACAUUUAUGAAAUACCUCCCAAACAAUUAUUUUGCUAGCAAAGCAGUAAUUGUUCUAAUAAAUAACAUAAUAAAUAAAUAGAAUUGCAUUUUUUUUCACAGUACGUUUCCAAAUCAUGCUGGUUAUGGUUCUUUUCUAAUUUUUGUUUAUAUAUUAUGGAGCACUGAAUUCAAUAAAACA